UUAAAAAGUGCAGCAAACUCAGGAAUGUCCCUUUAAGCACACGACAAAAUUAAAUAUAUAAAUCAUACUGUAAAGUAAUGUUUUAAGUUGUCUUUUGUUUGACUUGAUUCAUAAGUAGCCGUCAUCAUUACGCUAAUUGAGUUACACCUUAAUUAAUCUAAGUACUUCCAGAUGGACUUUUGGUAACGCUGACAUAUUUCGCUCGUACUUGAGUAACACUCUCAAAUUGUUUGGAUUACGCAUGUCACUAACAUGCGCAGAUGUCAUCGAUUACUGCUUGAUAACAUCUACUCGACUCGUUGUCAACAGUGUCAUUUAGCCUAUAUAACCGAAAUAUCCAGUCUGGUUCCAACAUAACUACACGAAACCAGCAUCAAACGUUAAAAAAAAAAAAAAUCGAAAAAAAAAAAUUCAUUCCCGCAAUCUUGAUUUUAAAAGAAAAAUGAAUUUCCUCUCCACCAACGAUGCUUCAACAGCAUCCCCUUUCUGUUCCGGUUCUUCGUGCGGAUUCGACAACCAGCCGAAAACUACCGAUCUGAGACCGGCACCUCUCGUCGACUAUUCUUUCAGUGACGAAGAGAGCUUGAUUGUGUUGGAGAAGACCGUGGAAAGUUUGAGCGACAGUUUACGAGUUCUGGGAAUGACGUCAUCGCCUCGAUUCGACGAAUGUCUCCGACACCAUGUCCUGCGCGGAAACAUGAAACAGAAACUGGUUCGACGGAUUUCACUGAAACUGUUUUCGGAGGAGCAGGAGGAGUUGCAGAGAAAGAGCGCCAUGCUGUCAACAGUCGAUCGGAUGAUUUCGUCACCACGACAGUCGCCUAGUGCUUUCCGUCGGUUCAGUCCGCGAAGGAUCGUGAUGUCCAGGGCAACGCGACAAAAAGUUAUUUCAAAUCUUGUAGUCAGUCCCAAAAGGAAACCCAGUCUUUUCUGUUUUCUGUCCACGAAGAAGCUUUGCUUCUGAAAGUGUAACUUCAGUGUGUGUAUAAAUACAACGUGACAUUACCUGUGUAGUUCAUUCAAUGGACUGACAUAUUUGAGUAAUUGAAACUGUGCUAUUUACGCUUUGUGCUAUUUAAUAUUAUGUGCUGUAAACACAUUGUAAAUAAAUG